UUCAUUCUUCUUCUAUUUUCAUCAUUUAAUUGUUAUUAUUUUUUGUGAACCCACAAAUUACUCGAUGUACAUUAACAUUGUGCACGUAUACCGUUUAAUUUAUCAUAAACAUUGCAUUUGAAACGAGAGAACAUUUCUAAUGCAUUGUACCGAAUGUAAAAAUAUACUUGAUACAUGCAAUUGAAACAUUUUUAUUCGUAAAAAAUUAAAUAACAUUUGACGGUAAGGUUGGGUCGGACUAACGUCCUUUAAAAGCUAUAUAGCUCGCGUCGCGUGUAUGUUAACGUCACAACAGUCACAACAUAUAGAUGGCUCGGCGACGAGCCGGGGACGAGAAGAGACGGCACACGCGUGCACACACUGCAGCGUUCCAUCGUCGCUCUCACUCUCACCAGAGAUGAGUAGCUCUGCUCUCACUCUUCAAGACCCACCUAAUCCUCUCCUCCGCAAGUCGCACAAGCCGAGUGUAAGUAAUAAUAGUUAAAAGGAAAAGGAAAAAAAAAAAAGAAACAAACAGCGCAAGCAAGUGCAAUCCGUCCUAGUGAACACGCGACAAUGGAGCUGUCGCUCGUCGUCCUCGGUAAGGUUCUGCGAAAACCACUUCUCGACGCCGGCAAGAGUAUCUAUGGCGUUCAAGUUGCCAGUUACAUCAGGUUGGCAGAGGUGGGCAAAUUGGAAGCACCGAAAUUGCAGGGCAACUACGAGGCUGGACAGCUUAUUUUGCACAGAGUUUUUGGCUAUCGAGGGGUUGUACUUUUUCCAUGGCUUGCCAGGGUCUUUGACAGAAAUUUGCCUGUAAAACAGGAAGGAACCGAAACUGGUACUUAUGGAACUGGCAAAGAAGUAAAAGCAAAAACGCACACCUUUUAUCAAGUUCUAAUCGAUCAGAGGGACUGUCCUUAUAUCAGAGCCCAAAAUGAAUCAGUCACAUUUCUUGGAAAUCACGAAAGCAGUAGAAGUCUCUAUGCCAUACCAGGACUCGAUUAUGUAGCCCACGAAGAUAUAAUACCUUACACAACUAAUGAGAAGCCUGCUCUGCAGCACGAGCUUUUUGACAAAUUCUUAUCCUAUCAUUCUGAUAAAGAUCCUCCAUUCGUUCCUCAACAAACAUUAAAAGCAUGGCAAAAAAAGAAUCAUCCCUGGCUGGAAUUGUCUGAUGUCCAUAAAGAGACCACUGAAAAUAUAAGAGUCACUGUUAUACCAUUUUAUAUGGGUUGCAGAGUUAGUCAAACUACAUCAGUAUAUUGGUGGCGUUACUGCAUAAGGCUUGAAAAUAUGGGUGAUUUAAGUGUACAAUUAAGAGAGAGGCAUUGGAGGAUAUUUAGUUUAUCUGGCACAUUAGAAACAGUGCGGGGGAGAGGAGUAGUUGGUCAGGAACCAGUCUUAUCGAGAAGCUUACCCGCUUUUCAGUAUAGUAGUCAUGUUAGUUUGCAAGCCCCUAGUGGACAUAUGUGGGGAACCUUUAGGAUGGAAAGGGAAGAUGGCUAUGCCUUUGAUUGUAGAAUCCCACCGUUUUCCUUAGAGUCAAAAGCUGAUGAAUCUACCUCACCUAAUGCUAAUACUUGAGACAACAAAUGAAAUUGUAAUGAGAGUAAUACUAAAUAAGUAUAAAAUUGCAGUGAAACAAAACGUGUCUCGGUUUAAUAAAUUGAGCGCUAUAACUACAACAAACAUAAAUUUGUACAUAUAUUAUCUUCUUAGGACGCGAUAUUAUUAGCUCAUACAUUAUAUUAGUACUUUGUAAGUUUUUAGUGUAAGUUUAAGAAAGUGAAAAGUAAAUGCUAAGUUCAUUAUAUUUUACAAGAAAAUGUUUACUACAGAGUUCAAUUAAUAGUAAAAUAUAAUGAAUGUUCAUUUUAUAAAUGCUUUAAGUACUAAGAGACUCAUCUGAUCAUCUUUUAUAAAU